CUGAGGACAGAUUAUUAAAGCACUGGGUAAACCCUUUAAAGGAUGCAGUGAGACAUCUCCCUUCCCGAGAGAGAGAUUUGGGAAAUGCAUAUUAUCCCUGAGAAAGCCAUUGUGGAGAGAUUGGCCAUGGAUGUAACGAAGGAGAAAAAAUACUUUGUACAGGAGAAAGCUCCAAUAGAUAUGACGUCUGUGGCCAAAACUUCAAACAGAAGUCAGGAUUAACUGAACAUCAGAAAAUCUGUAGUAUAAAUAAUACCUAUGAAUGUAAGGAAUGUGGAAAAACCUUAAGCAGGAGCUCAAACCUAAUCAUACAUCAGAUAAUUUAUACAGGAAAUAAACCAUGUGUGUGUAAUGAAUGUGGGAAAGACUCUCAUCAAAGUUCAAAUCUUAUUAUACAUCAGAGAAUUCAUAAAGGAAAGAAAACUUAUAUAUGUCAUGAAUGUGGAAAAGACCUCAAUCAGAGCUCUAAUCUGGUCAGACAUAAGCAAAUUUACAGUGGUGAGAAUCCCUAUGAGUGUAGAGUGAAGAGUGUAAAGGGAAGGGUUUUAAGGGAAGCUCAAACCUCAUCGUAUACCAGAGAAUCCACAGUGGGGGGAAGCCAUAUUUAUGCAAUAAAUGUGGGAAGGCCUUCAGUCAAAGCUCAGAUUUUACUAUACAUCACAGAAUUCACACUGGAGAGAAACCCUAUGAAUGUUAUGAUUGUGGACAGAUGUUCCAUCAAAGUUCACACCUUGUCACACAUCAGAGAAUUCACACUGGAGAGAAACCCUUCAAGUGUAAUGAAUGUGAAAAGGCCUUUAGGCAGCGUUCUUGUCUUACUGAACACCAGAGACUCCACAGUGGAGAGAAACCCUAUGAAUGUCACAAAUGUGGGAAGACCUUCAGUGGGCGCACAGCCAUUCUCAAACAUCAGAGACUACACACUGGAGGGAAACUUAAAGAAUGUGAAAAAACCUUCAGCAAGGAUGAGGAGCUUAGGGAAGAGCUGAAAAUUCACCAGGAAGAGAAAGCUUAUUGGUGUAAUCAGUGUGGUAGGCAUUUCCAGGGCAGCUCAGACCUCAACAGACAUCAGGUAACUCAUACAGGAGAGAAACCAUAUGAAUGUAAAGAAUGUGGGAAAACUUUCAUUCAGAGCUCAGACCUUACGAGACAUCAUAGAAUUCACAGUGGAGAAAAACCUUGUGUAUGUACCAAAUGUGGGAAAUCUUUUAGGGGCAGCUCAGAUCUUAUUAGACACCAUCGUGUUCAUACUGGAGAGAAACCCUAUGAAUGUAGUGAAUGUGAGAAAGCCUUUAGCCAGAGGUCACAUCUUGUUACACACCAGAAAAUCCAUACUGGAGAGAAGCCCUAUCAGUGCACUGAAUGUGGCAAAGCCGUCGGGCACUGUUCCCUCCUUAUUCAACAUCAGAGAAUUCAUAGUGGUGAGAAGCCCUAUGAAUGUAAGGAAUGUGGGAAACUCUUCAUUUGGUGUACAGCUUUCCUCAAACAUCAGAGACUGCAUGCUAGAGAGAAACUUGAAUGUGAGAAAAUCUCUAGCCAAGAUGAGGAGCUUAGGGAAGAGCAGAGAAUUCACCAGGAAGAGAAAGCUUAUUGGUGUAAUCAGUGUGGUAGGAAUUUCCAGGGCAGCUCAGACCUCAUCAGACAUCAGGUAACUAAUACAGGAGAGAAACCAUAUGAAUGUAAAGAAUGUGGGAAAACUUUCAAUUAGAGCUCAGACCUUAUGAGACAUCAUAGAAUUCACAGUGGAGAAAAACCUUAUGAAUGCAACAAAUGUGGGAAAUCUUUUAGGGGCAGCUCAGAUCUUAUUAGACACCAUCGUGUUCAUACUGGAGAGAAACCCUAUGAAUGUAGUGAAUGUGGGAAAGCCUUCAGCCAGAGGUCACACCUUGCUACACACAAGAAAAUCCAUACUGGAGAGAAGCCUUAUCAGUGCAAUAAAUGUGGGAAAGCCUUCAGGCGGCAUUCCCUCCUUAUUCAACAUCAGAGAAUUCAUAGUGGUGAGAAGCCCUAUGAAUGUAAGGAAUGUGAGAAACUCUUCAUGUGGCGUACAGGUUUCCUCAAACAUCAGAGACUGCAUGCUAGAGAGAAACUUGAAGAAUGUGGGAAAACUUUCAGCAAGGAUGAGGAGCUUAGGGAAAAGCAGAGAAUUCACCAGGAAGAGAAAGCUUAUUGGUGUAAUCAGUGUGGUAGGACCUUCCAGGACAGCUCAAACCUAAUCAGUAUCAGGUAACUCAUGCAAGAGAGAAACAAUAUGAAUGUAAAGAAUGUGGGAAAACUUUCAAUCAGAGCUCAGACCUUGUAAGACAUCAUAGAAUUCAUAGUGGAGAAAAACCUUAUGUAUGCAACAAAUGUGGGAAAUCUUUUAGGGGCAGCUCAGAUCUUAUUAGACACCAUCGUGUUCAUAUUGGAGAGAAACCCUAUGAAUGCCCUGAAUGUGAGAAGGCCUUCAGUCAGAAUUCACACCUUGUUAGUCAUCAAAGAAUUCAUACCAGAGAGAAACCCUUUGAAUGUAGCAACUGUGGUAAGGCCUUCAGUGGGUAGAUAGGUUUUCUUAAACACCAGAAACUUCACAUUGGAAAGGAAUUUGAGGACCCUAAGAAUCUACAAACAGGACGUAUUCUAAUAGGUAGCAGCAACCUAAUGAUGUAGUAAAACUAGGAAAAGCCUGAUGGAGACUACAUCUUAUUGCAUUACAAAUGAGUUUUAUUGUUAGAAAAUUCAUGUGAAGGUGGGAAAGUAGAGAAAAGUCCUACUGGAUGAAAAACAUGUAAGUAGAAUCAAGUGGAAAAGCUAAAAGCUCUUGGACAUAGUCGCCUUUUUUUUCUGUCUCAGAGUUGACACUAGAAUAUGGUCCCAAGGAUGUAACUUUUUAAAUUAUUUAUUUAUUUGUUUAAAUGCAAAGAGGCAAGGUCUCACUCUGUUGCCCAGGCUGGUCUCAAACUGCUGGGCUCAAGCAGUCCUUCCUCCUCAGCCUCCCAAAGUGUUGAGAUUAUAGGCAUGAGCCACUGCACCACCCCAAGGGUAUAAUUACUUGAGAAUGUUUUAGGGGAUGUCUAUCAUUGUUAAAAGCAUUGUAAAUCACUUUGGCAACAACCACAAAACUAAAUUUUUCAUGGAAAGAGCCAUUUCAAUCGUGUCUUCCUAGUCCAGUGACAAGUUUAAAUUUGGGGAAAAAAAAAAAAAAACAACCCUGUGUUUUGGUCAAAGCAUUGGUUUAUUCAGAGGAAAAAAGAAAAGAAA